AUGGGUUCGAAGGGUCAGCAUGUGGAUCUGAUGUCGUUAGAUGUCCAGCAGCUUUUGGAGGUUAAGAAGCAGCUCGAAACAGAGGUGCAGCACCUGACUUCAUCCUUCGGACAGCUCAAGGCAGCACAGGCCAAAUUUAAGAGCUGCAUCGAAAGCGUAGCUUCUGUGAAACCUGAGAACAAAGACAAGACAACUUUGAUCCCAUUAACAUCAUCGCUGUACGUUCCUGGCAAGCUUUCGGAUCUGGAAAAAGUUAUCGUCGAUGUGGGCACUGGCUACUUUGUGGAAAAGUCAACGGCGGAUGCCACCCGAAUGUACCAGGAAAAGGUCGAAUUCCUCACCAAGAACCUGGAGCAACUACAAGAAACGGUAUUGCGACAGCAAGAGAAUCUGCAGACAACUGUCGAGAUGAUUCGACUUAAAGCAAGAGCUGAGCAGCAAGCCACUUCUUCGGAACCUGGCCGAGGCGCAGCACAGACAGCAGCAGCGUCCUGA